AUGUCAGAAGCUGGUCCUGACUUGAAAUUCUGUGGCGCAAAGAAGUACAACUGGACCAGUGGGGAAUUGGACUGCUGUGGGGGGGAAGCCCAUGGUGAAGUCUACAACACGAAGCAGUCAACAUGCUGUUCAGAUGGGAUCUCCUCUGUCAUUCAUGAGGUCAAGGAAGGAUUCCACUGCUGCGGUACUGACUACAUCAACGGUGCCACUUACAAAUGCUGUACCACCAAGUACGACCAUAAACAGCCAAAACCUUACAACUUCCUACACUACAUGUGCUGUGCCACUCAACAUGACACCAAAAUCUCACGCUAUAUGCCAACAGUGGACAUUACUGACAACCUGGCAACCUGUUGUGGACUUGACACCAUGUACAAGGGAGAUCCUGACAUAAUGUGCUGCAAUGACAAGAUUGUCAAACAGACGGUGGGACAGGGCUGCUGUGCAGACCACGGGCUGUUCGACAACUCAACCCACAUGUGCUGCCAGGGGGAAAAGACAGUCAAGCGGAAUGAAUGCUGCCAAGGGCAAGUCCAUUCCCCUGAAGAGGGGAGGACAGCAUGCUGUGCAGGGACAGCAUACAACCCAGACACCCACUCCUGCUGCCAGGACACAGUUGUGAAUGGUACUGGUCAGUGUUGUGGAAAGGCUGUGAUGGACCCCAACACGGAUUCCUGUUGUCAAGGUAACAUUACCCUCAGCGGAACCUACGACCUGGAGUCUGAGCUGUGCUGUGGACCUAACCAUGACGUCGUACAAACCAAAGCCACCAACAACACCCGGUGCUGUGGGUCCACCACGUACGAGUUUGGUGAGGAGAAGUGCUGCGGGGCCGUCCUGAAGAUCCCCGCGGGCAGGGAGUGCUGUAGAUACCGGGGCUACGACCCCAGGAAUGCUACCUGCUGUGGAGGUCAGGUUCACAAUGGCAUCCCAAAGGACAAGAAGAUGUGCUGUGGUGACACCAUGAGGACAGAUCAACAGCUCUGCUGCAAAGACAACAACUGGAAAUACCGACUUCUUACAAAGAGGGGCCAGGAAGACAUGUGCUGCCUGGAUCACGAUACCAAUGACAUCUUGUUAUACGACAGUGAAGACAAGGUCUGCCUCCAUGGUAAGCUGUCUUUCAAAGUGCAGGGCCAGCAGCUGUGUGGAAGCACGUACUUCGACCCCCGCGAGAAAAUCUGCUGCUCUGGAGUUCUUCACUCCAAGGGAGAUGAAGCAGACAGGAUGUGUUGUGGGAGGGGCCCUCGGGCAUACUCCCCAUCAUACCAGUCCUGCUGCCAUGGGCGCAUCAGAACAGAUCCUGGACAUAUCUGGGGCUGCUGCAGAGGUAAGUUCUACCACAAGAAUGAACAUGACUGUUCAGGACCCCAUCAGCGGCUGGUUUCAUAUGUUGGGGAGACUCCCACACGUCCUCCACCUAACAUCCAGACAUCUCCAGCAAGAGAAAUGAUCACCUGUGCAGGUAGGCAGUACAGCAGGUGGAGUGAGGAUGGCCGAGAGAAAAGGUGCUGCAAAGUGUGGACGUACUUCCCACACAACCAGACCUGCUGUGGAUCCAGAGUCUAUGACCUGCCAGAAGAGACAGCCGGAUGCUGCCAAGGGGUUGCCUAUGAAAACACCACACAGUGCUGCAUCCAGCGGAAAAUACAAAACUGCACAGACCAGCCCAUCCCUUCCAACCCCACCCACACCAAAGUGCAGUUCUCCUGCAGUGGGUACAAGCAUGACAGGUAUGAUGAACAGGGCAACGAGAGGAAGUGCUGUGGAGGACUACUCCUCAACAUCCAGUUGAAAUUUCUACUCCUCAACAUCCAGUUGAAAUUUCUACUCCUCAACAUCCAGAGGACAAAGGAUAAGUAUGAUGUCUGCAAUGGCAACCUCUUCAUCACCACUAAGGAGAAGUGCUGUGACGGACGCAUCAGGAAGCUUAAGAAACGUAAAACAGAGUGCUGCGGCAAAUGGCUGGUGAACCCCCGGCGCAUGGACUGCACCGACAACAAGCCUGUCAAGAGAACGGUUACGUGUGAGGAAAAAUGUGAUACCAAGUUCAAACGCAGGCUGGACUGGAAAUUCCCUGAAUGCUCGAAGACACACAUAUUCUCAGCAAAAGUCCAGGAGGAGCUCGAGGUUCCCCUGAUGAACACCAACAUAACCACCUUCAUCCUGACUGACAUUGAUGACGGAACAGCAACAUCCAGGAGACAAACCAACAAGAACAACAAGCCGCUGCAAAACUACCUGUUCAUGCAGGUUCACCGAUGUCAGUGCCCCACUUUUCGUGUGGGCAGGAGAUAUCUUUUUUUGACAGAUGCCAACAUCGCCAGCGGUGCAUUUGUGUACGAUCCGCUUAACGAUGUGGUGAUAAGGUAUAAGCUCGACAGGAUGUUUCUUAUCAAGAAGUUGCACAAAAGGGGAAAGUGUUAUGGGGAGGUUUACUACCCUACUAUUUGAGUUGUAUUGUGACAUGCAAAAGUCGAUAACCAAGAUGGAUUUGGACAGUUUCAAAAUAUUGACAAGAAUGUUUGGUCAAAACUAGGUUCACAUCAGAUGUUGUCUACUUUGAAAUCACUGUUUGUAUUUUGGCAUUACUAAAUGUGAAUAACCCUUGUUAUCAAUGUGCUUAUUAUGUUUGUUGGCAACCAACAUGAAGAAACUAUUGGUAGUUUGAAUC